AUGCCACAAGCAAAACGAUGGUGCAGACAGGUACUCUGUGUAUGGCUGUGCGUCUUGAGGGCAGCUUGGCUGCCGGAUGCCGCAGAAAACGUGGCAAUCGCAACGACGAGAUCGAUGUCAUCUCCCACUGUGGCGUUUGUUCCGAAUCAGGUGGAUUCAUCAGGUCAUUCGGGUCAUUCGGGUCAUUCGGCCCUGCGAGUUCGUGUGGGGCCUUCUGUCCUAGCAGGAGACCUUUCCAACCUGGCAUUUGAGACCCAUCGGGUGAUCCGUGCUGGGGCUGAUUAUGUCCACUUGGAUAUGUUUGAUGGGAACUGGAUCAAGGGGGCAUUUACCUUUGGGCCAAUGGUUGUCAAAGCCAUUCGGCAUCACGAGCCAUUGGCAUACCUUGACGUCCACUUAUGUGUCUUGCAUCCUGAGCAGUACUUGGAAGAGAUGAAGAAUGCUGGUGCCAGCCGGGUGACCUUGCAUUUUGAAGCUCUGUCGGAUUCUCGAGCAGCUGCCGAGCGUGCACAUGGGCUUGGUCUGGAAGUGGGGCUGGCCCUGGCACCUGAGACUUUUUUGGAUGAGUCUCUCUUGUCGGUGGCAGAGCUCUUUGAUGCAGUCCUUGUGAUGACCGUUCCGCCGGGCUUCGGCGGUCAGGCUUUCAUGCCUGAGAUGCUGCCCAAGAUACGUCGGCUGCGGGAAGCAUUCCCCACAAAGGCCUUAGAGGUGGAUGGCGGGGUCACGCCGACUACCGCCGCGAUGGCUGCCGCUGCCGGCGCAAAUGAAGCCGUGGCAGGUUCCUCAGUGUUCCACUCUCACAGCCUCCGGCGAGCCAUCAGGGAGCUCCGGCACAGCUUGGAGCAAGGACAGCGAACAUGGCAGAGGGAGCAAAGGGAGCAGAGCUAG